AUGGCUCGCACCCGCCCUCUCCCACUCUCCGAUGAGUGGGCGGACCCCUCCGCAUACGUCGAUGCCCUCCUCUCCUUCGCAACCUCUUCCGUGUUGUUCAUGAACCUGUGCGGCGGAGUCCAUAUCCUCGAUUUCCUGACGCGCGAGCCUGAUCUGUAUACGACACUUUUACCAGAAGACUGGAGAUUAUUUUUUGAACAACAUGGUAUCCACGACAUUCUGCACCUGCUGCUGCGAGAGGAUAUCGGCCCGCUACGAGAGACCGACAACACGGACAAUGGCAGGACCUGGAACGGGGGCGCAUUUCCUCCCCAGAGUCUCCUGGAAUACAUCCACAAUGUCCGCCGACUGAGUCUCCGGCGCGAGUUCAACUCCCCGCAUCCCAAGAAGAACGGUGGUUUGCCGCGACACAUCGCUGUGGGCAUGAACCGCAAGAAAUCGCAUGAGGUCGAGAACUUCUCGCGCUAUGUCGCGUCGUUGUCGGAAACUAUCAAUGAACGCCGCGGCGAGCCAGUGUCACAUAUUGUGGAUUUCGGGUCCGGGCAGAACUAUCUGGGGCGCACGCUUGCCAGCUCGCCUUAUCAUAAACAUAUUAUUGCCAUUGAGCGAAAGCACCAGUACAUCAGCGGUGCCAAGGGCAUGGAUGUGCAAGCCAGAUUGGCAAAAAUGGAGAAGAAGACGGUUUAUGUGCACAACCGGAAAAAGUCGUGCGACGAGUGCAACGAGACCCCUGAUGGGUCUUCUGCGAAGAGGGAUGAGACAACCAAGUCAGAAGCGGAAGUACCAGAACCCUCAACGCAUGAUGUGCCACAAGAGUCUGCUGGGAACGAGGAGGAUGUGACCAUGUUCAAAAUGCUGGGUGAAAUCAGUCUCGAACCUGAUGAGCUGCUCGGUUCGGUUACUAAAUACCCGCCGAGACCGAAGGCCGAGAAGCCGGGUAUUGACACCAGAGGCAAGAUAAGCUACAUUGAACACGAAAUCGAAGAUGGGUACUUGGAACCCAUUAUCGAGCAUGUGGUGGAUCCAAAAUCUGCGGUGGUGCAGAAUGGAACAACCGCAGAGGAUGAAGCAUCCUCAGUUACGGUUCAGGCCGACGAACAGAAGAAGGGCGACGCCCGCGUGAUGGUGGUGUCCUUGCAUUCAUGCGGCAACCUCGUCCACCACGGAGUGCGAUCUCUGGUGCUCAACCCGUCAGUGGUGGCCAUUGCGAUGAUCGGCUGCUGCUACAACCUCUUAACCGAGCGUCUCGGCCCAGCCUCAUACAAACUCCCUAUCCUGCGAUCCCUCCAUCCGCGUCUGAGAACCACUGGCACUGCAUACGAUCCUCACGGGUUCCCCAUGUCCAAGUUCUACGAGGAAUACCAACACAACGGCACUAUAGGUAUGAAGCUCAACAUCACCGCCCGUGCAAUGGCCGUACAGGCGCCAUAUAACUGGGGCCGCGAAGACAGCGAAGCCUUUUUCACUCGGCAUUAUUACCGCGCUCUCCUUCAGCGCAUCCUUGUUGACCGCCAGGUCAUCCCCAAACCAGAGAUUCCAAAGGAUCUAUACGCCGAGGAGUCUGACUCGUCCGAGAGGGGCACCACUGCGUUGAUUGUCGGGUCCCUGCGCAAGUCGGCAUUCGAGUCUUUCUCUGCGUACGUUCGCGCCGCGACGAUCAAACUCAGCCGCGACGUGGAACGCGGCGCCAAGGUUCAGGAAGAAAUCGGUGGCAUGUCCGAGGAGGACAUCCAUCGCUAUGAGUUCGAGUACCGGCACACGCAGAAGAAUCUCAGCGUUGUAUGGAGUUUGAUGGCGUUUAGCGCCACGGUUGUCGAGGCGGUUAUUGUUGUUGACCGCUGGCUGUUUCUGCGUGAGCAUGACGCUGUCAAGGAGUGCUGGGUUGAGCCGGUCUUUGAAUACGACGCGAGUCCGCGAAACCUGGCUGUUGUCGGGGUUAAGAAGUGA